GUAGUAAACGGAAGUGAACAGUGACUGAGAACAAUUUCCGCGUUAGCGUUUUUAUUGUUAUUUAACCCCUUGGAACUCAACAUAUGACUCAUUUAACUGCACAGCAUUACAUACAAGGCGGUGUUUAAUUUGCGUUGGAGACAGGACUUGGUUGAUAGAGGUUAUUUAGGUAACGCUAGCUAGCUGCUAACAAUGGCUAACUGUACGGCUUUUCACACUCAAAUUGCCUCCAUCAUGGAGUUGCUAGCUAAUGCAGCCGUGGCAGACAUAUGUAAACUCGUAGACGACGAUUAUGCAGUGUUUCGUUUGGAAAUAACUCAAAGCCAGAAAGAAAACAGGGCAUUGCGGAGGAAACUACAGCUAUUGGAACUGAAGGUGGCACGGGAGCGCGCAGAGGGCACCGAUAGUGUCAAGAUCCUCGACCGAUACAGAGGAAUGCCAAGAGGUGAAGGACAUCUCACUGGAGGCUACAGGAGCUUUGUGAAGCCAGCGGGAUGCAAUACAUGGAGAGAUGACCAACCAAUCACUGUUGAUGAGGGGAGUGGAACCUCAACCCAGCAUGUUAUUGUGAUAGAGUCUGCAGAUGCAGAGGCUGCAAGUCCUGGGGUCAAGCAGGGUAGGACUGAAGUAGAGGACCCACAACACAGCAAAGACAUCCAGACUGGAGCGCCCCCUGUAGCCACGGAGGACCCCACCACCGCUGCCCGACGCAGCAUCACGGAGGAGGAGGAGGUUCCAGAGGUGCUGCUGGUGAAAGAGGAGGGGUGUGAGGAGGGUCUGGGGAACCCUGAGGGGACCAUGGUCAUGGAAGACAACCAGACAACACCUCCUCCUGAGCCCACAGAGGAACCAGCUGAGCGGCACAGGACCACACACAGUCUCACUGAGUCAGUAGACAUGGAGGAUGGGAAGCCUGAUCUGCUGCUGGUCAAAGAGGAGACAAUAGAAGAUGGACCAGAGACCAUUGAUCUGCUGAGUGGACUAAAGAUGGGGGAGCAAGAUGACUGGGUGGCCAUCUUGGAUUCCCAGACCCAGACAGGUGCAGCCAAGGGCCCAGGGGACAAUGUCACUGAGCAGGCCAGGACCAGAGGCGACAUAGUGGAGGUCAGUGGAUGGGACAGCGUCUUCAACUCUGGGCUGGGGAGCAACACUGUUAAUCACAACCAGAAAAAGACAGUGGAACAUAAAACAACAACCAAACUUAGUCUCCAUGACAACAGACUGGCUGAGACCAGGGCGAGGCGUAGAUUUGGUCUGCGAGGGCGAGGAGGUGUCAGUAUGCGGCGGGAGAGAACAGACACAGACUCGGCUAGCGAUGCUCCGUCCUGCUCCUAUAGUUGUGAUUCAGAGAGACUGAUGGCGCCUCAGGUUAACCCCGUAACAGGUGCUGCCUUCAGCCUGCCUUCUAUAGGAUCUAUCAACUGGAACAUGGACCCUGUGACAACACAGACACUUCCUGGCCUUCAUCCUCCUCACACUCUCCUAAUGUUAAACCAGACCUCGGACAAUGCCAGUGCCUCAACACUAAAUGGCUACACAAGCCCAUUGACAAAUGACAGUGGUAGUGAUGCUAUCAGUAGAUCCGGUGGCAAAGAGAAGCGCUUCCCCUGUUCAUUCUGUGGGAAAGCCUUCAGUUUCCGCAAACAGGUGGAGAUCCACCAGAGAAUGCACACAGGGGAGAAACCUUUCAGCUGCCAACUGUGCCGGGCCAGUUUUUCACAAUCAUCCAGCUUGAAGAGGCACCAGAGAGUCCACACAGGGGAGAAACCCUACAGCUGCCCCCAGUGUGAGAAGCGGUUCUCCCACCAGCACCAUCUGAAGGUGCACCUGAAGGUCCACACGGGAGAGAGGCCGUUCGCCUGUACGCACUGCGGGAAGAGGUUCUCAGAGAGGAGCUACCUCAGGAUACACCAGCAGCAAAUGCACACGGCCCAUGUAUAGUGUAUAGUGAUAUGUAAUGUAGUACUAGUUAGUUUGUAGUUAAUUCUGUUGGUUUUGGAUGUAGUAGGGAACUGGAUGAGGUGAACUGAGGAAAGCAUGAGUAUGAUGAGGCAGAGGAAAUGAUAUGGUGAUGGUGUCUGUAAAAAUGUUUCACUGAUUAAGAGUGACAACUUUGUCCUGUUGUUUGAUGAUGUUUUGUAAUGAGGAAAUGAUUGGGCCUUACUUUUUAUGUUUACUUGACAUAAAGUAGUGAAGCUGUGUGUAAUGUGUAACCUUUUCCAAAGUAUUCUAAAAUAAUUUUUUAUCAAAGUGAGGGUACCAGAUUUACAGAAAAUCUAGUGUUACCAUAGUGAGAAAAGUUAUUCUACUUAUAUCGUUUUGUGGAAUAAAAAUACUGUACUAUUUAAAUACAAAGUUGACUCUCUGAAUAUUUUUGUUUUUCUUAUCGGAGUCUUACCAAAAUAUGUCAUUCUUGAAUCA